AUGACACCGCAUGCAUCUAACUUGUACAUAUCGGCGGCGUUCAAUCGUGCCAACCACAUCGCCGACUGGGCCAACGCUCCUCACAGCAUCAUCGCAUACGCUGCCAACAAGUCGAUUGCCAUUUGGGACAAGCCUGGUCAUGCCUCUUCCCCGGGCGUCACGCAGCUCCUCGCUACGGGCUUUUCCGAUCCCAUCACCUCGCUCAAGUUUGCUCAAUUGAAUGCCAUUUCGUCCCAUCCGUGCAUCGUAGCCGGCUCUGCCCAAGGAAGCCUCGGUGUCUGGGCGUUUCGAGAGACGCACGGUUGGACAAGGCUACACACCAUCAAAGCAGCACAUCAAGGCUCCAUCUCUGCCAUCGGAGUUAUCAGAGCUUUUGACGAUUCAUUCCAAGCAGGCUCAAUAUUUGUAUCAGGUGCUUCGGAUGGCUUGAUCAAGGUAUGGCUGCUGUUGGACGACCCUUCUCGACCACCGAUGCUGGUGCAGACGAUCGACCUCAAAGGUCGAUUUCCGCUCGAUCUUUCCAUUUUACCGUUGCCAUCCAGUACCGCACCUCAUCUGCUCAUGGCACUCGCCACAACCACCAACAAAAUCGACAUUUACGCCUCCUCAAAUGCCGCUUCACCAACUACUGAUGCUGCUCACCAGCUCGAGUUUCAACACAAGCUCUCCCUAGAAGGUCACGAGGACUGGGUCAAGUCCCUCGAUCUCUGCAACACCUUCACCAUCGCCGAUGAUCGAGAGCGUGUCGCCACUGUUAUGCUCGCCACUGGCUCCCAAGAUGCCAGCGUCAGGCUAUGGAAGCUUGCACCCAUAAGCCAAAACGAGCCAACAUCAUCAACGCAACAGCUGCGAUCCUCCUCUCCGACCCAAGACGACGACUUUGAGCAGAUGGUUGCCAAGAUCGAGUCUGAUCGCAGCACAAAGGCUGGAGAGAUCUCGACUCGUGCUCACCCAUUCUUCCUUACAUGCGCAGACGGUACUCAGCAAUCCUGGGCAAUCACCUUUGAUGCUUUGCUGGUCGGGCACGACAACUGGGUCACUGGCGUGCGCUGGCAUCCAGCUAUUUCCACCGCCACAGGCCAGCCUGCGCAGCCUGCGCAGCCUGCUGCACUCCUCUCAUCUUCGGCAGAUAACAGUCUCAUCCUGUGGACGCCUUCCGCGCAUCUCCCUGAACCUGCUUCAACAUCUCCCUUCCCCGCUUUCGAUUCAACACUCCUCUCUACCGGAGGCGCGCGCCGCACAAGCUGUCCCUCUUCGCUUCAUCUCGCCUCUUCUAUCUGGAUGCCCUCUCAGCGCUUUGGUGAGGUUGGCGGUGCAAGCAACCUUGGCUUCUUUGGCGCUCUCUGGCAGCCUUGGUCGUCGCCUUCUGCCACUUCCGACAUCCAGCAACCCGCCUCUGCAGUCCUUGCGCACGGCUGGGGAGGCUCCGCACACAUCUGGACACUUGCUCGCCACGAAGCGACAUCGACAAGUCCUCGAUGGCAAGUCGCCGACCCCGUCACUGGCCACUUUGCCGCAGCCAGAUCCCUUGCUUGGGAGCCAUGCGGCGAGUACCUGCUCAGCUGUUCCGACGAUCAGACCACACGCCUCCAUGCACGGCCCAUGCGCAAGAACGCACACAGCCUCGAUUCACACAAUGCUACCUGGCACGAGGUUGCGCGCCCUCAAUCCCAUGGCUACGAUCUGCAUUCCGUCUCUUGGCUUGAUCGACUCAACUUCGUGUCGGCGGCUGACGAAAAGGUUUUGAGGGUCUUUGCUGCUCCGCGUGGAUUCGUCGGCACGGCAGGCAAAAGCGGUCUCCAUUGUGCUACGCUUGGCUCUGAAGCCGAGUCGCGAGCAGCAUCUCGUCCUGUUGCAGGACAAGACACCCUUCUCCACCUCUCAGUCAAUCCGCGAUUCGGUCUUCUCGCAUCGGCAGAGAGACACGGCGAUCUCAUCAAGCAAACAGUACAGCGAUACUGCAACCGGCAAAGUGAUUCUGUGACGGCCAUCGUGUCGUCUUCCCUCUUUCAAAGACCCUUUGACCAUCUCAGCUUCAAACAAAUCGAACUCUAUCUCAAGUGGCUCUACGCUCAGGCGUGGAGCGUCGCCGUUCAGCGCGGUCUGAUGCUCGUCAACAUCACCGUCUUGCUCGUUCCGGAGGCUUCCCUUGAACGUGUUGCCCGUCGACUCUACAGCCCGGACGCACAAGUACUUGUGGAUGCCAGCCUCGACCCGGAUUCGACGACAAGGUGGCAGAAUAUUGGCGUCGAUGUCCGCACGAUCGAAUCUGAUGUCGGCCUGCAGGGACGCACCGAAGCUGUGGGUCAGGAUGAUGGCAAGGGCCUGAAAUGCUACCCUGUCGUUGCGCUUGGUGGCACGUUUGAUCAUCUACACGUUGGACACAAGAUCCUCCUCACCAUGGCAUCGCUUAUCGCCGAGCAAAAGAUCAUUGUUGGUGUCACCGAUGAUGCCAUGCUCACCAAGAAAUCCGACGCUGCCGUACUCGAGCCUAUUGACGAGCGUAUCGCUGCUGUCAAUGCAUUUAUCGGCCUCGUCCGCCUACCUUUCACUGAACUCGACCAGCAGGUGGUCAAGCUUGAAGAUGUAGCUGGACCUGCAGCUACCGAAGCCAAUCUGCAAGCGCUCGUCGUCACUGACGAGACGCUUUCUGGGGCUGAGUUCAUCGAUGGCAAAAGGAAGGAGAACGGACUUGCAUCGGUGGAGAACUGGGUGAUUGGCGUUGUUGGCAGCCAAGGUCAGACUGAGCUCAAGGGCGACGCAAAGGCGUUGGCUGAGAGCAAGAUUGGAAGCACCGCCAUCCGCAAAUGGCUGGUUGCGCAGGGCGCACGUCGCGUUCAAGCUUUGGAGGCAACAAAACGACAUCGAGUGUCCCAUCAGCUUCGUUUAUCAGCGAGGCGUCAAGACGACACUGUGGAUCAGACCAAAGAUGACAACAUCGCGGUGCGUCCUGUUGGGGCUAGUGUUCCGCCCUUGGGGCUGUCGAACCGCGCGGUGUAUGAAGGAUCCACAAUCGAAGAAGCGCCUUCAGCCAGUGGACAGCCGAUCGGAUCUGCCAAGGAAUCGCUCUCAGCUAUGCUGCGUCAGCCACCUUGCGAAGAGCAGCUGUCUGUCGAGACGCUGUGGCCCGAGCUAGAAAAGCUGUAUGGACACGGAUACGAGAUGCUCUGGGUCAGCGCUAACCCGCCCAACCCAGUAGAUGGCGGGCGGACGGCUGGCGGCGGGCGAUUUGUUGCUUCGUGCUGCAAAGCGACCAGUCAAGAUCACGCAGUGGUUCGCAUACAUGAUCGUGAUGAAAAUUGGAGAGAGUGUGCGGUGCUCCAAGGUCAUUCGCUCAGUAUCACGCGCAUUCAGUGGAGCCUGGACUCGCGCUUCGUGCUUACUUGUUCCAGAGAUCGAAGCUGGAGGAUGUUUGAAAAGGUGACACAGGCAGGUACCGCUCAGGUGCGAUUUGUGCCGUUUACGGGAGAGCGGUCACAUGCGAGAAUCAUCUGGGAUUGCGCAUGGUCAACCGACGUUUCGCGACCCUAUGUGUUUGCUACGGCGUCCAGAGACAAGACGAUCAAGAUCUUUGAGUUACAGCUCAAACAGGCGCGCGAGAAGCCGUUUGAUUUGUUACAGACGAUCAAAUUCAACGAAGCCGUUACGUCGGUUACAUUCGGAGCGGAUUUGGUGAUUGCGGUCGGCAACGAGGAUGGCCAGGUCGAGAUUCUUCAGCGCAAAUUCGACUCCAAUCAGCAACCGCUUAACGAAUGGUCGACCACACUCAAGUUGGCUGAUAUCGCUGCCGAACAGAUCAACCAGCUCGCCUUUCGUCCUCCCGUGCUCGACGACCAGGACGACGCUAUUCUAGCUUCCGCUUCCGAGGACGGCUGUGUUCGCCUCAUGCGCAUUUCCGCACUCUGA